AUGACUGCUCAGUCGAGCCACACGGACAUGCAACGUUUGGCAUCUGCUUUGCGCUGCUCCCAUUAUGCGGUGCUGUAUAUCGACCAUAGUGGACAGCUUCGCUCCGAAGGGUCCCCUUCCAUUGCAGGGGGCGAGAGAGAAAUCUUCACAGAGGAGGUGCAGGGGAGAUUUCUGAGGUCCGUGGCCUCAGCAUGGCAGCUGAAUACGAGUGUGUUCCGAGCAGGCGACCCUUUAGGUCACAUGUCCGGAGAUGAAGCGGCGGCGGCAGCUUACUCUUCCUCUUCCUCUUCCUGGUCCCAUCACCCAGCCACAGCAAGGCCUACCGGACUCAUACCCUGUGACUUGGUGUCCUUGCGUUUCAAGCGUCCCCGAAGGAGCUUAAGACAGACUGAUUCCGCCUCGGCUCUGGGUUCGACUUCAGAAAAUGAGCAGAGCUCAGCAACAAGAGCAACAAUCCUCCGACUUGGGGACACUGAAACCCUCCGGCACUACUACGAAAGGGCCUUCGACAAAUUCCAGCAGUUGAACUGCAGAGUGGUUGCGAAAGCUUUCAUCAAACUAGUAGAGCCCCGCAAGCAGGUCAAUCAUCCGUAUAACGGCCGACGAACGUCGGCAUCUGCGUCACAGAGGAUGGACCCAGAGCUAACCAAGCCCAACUGGUGGCCGGCUGGGGUGACACAUAAAGAGCCCGACCACCUGUUCAAGCCUGAGCGGAUCAAGUUGCUUGUGCACAUCCUGUGUAAUCUGAAAGACAGUAAAGGAAUUACAGCUGAGAAACUCCAGGAGGCAGGCCAGGACGUGAAACGUCAGAUUGAGCCUACGAAGCGGCAAGAUGUCUUAGACGAGAUCUUCUAUGUCCGGAAGAUGGAAGAAUUAUAUUUGGACGGAAAGAUCAGUGGUGACACGACAGUGCGCGUCUUUCAUGCUCACCUUGCUGAUCAAUGUCAUGUCCCUGAGCUGCAGGAGACGACAAACGACUCUCGCUCUGUUGUUGAAACUAUUCGCAAGCCUAUUAAACGAUACACUCCAGAUUCAGAGAAGAUAGCAGAUGCUGCGGAGCGGAGUUUAGACAGUGAUCAUUCCCAGAGAUUGUUCCAGUCAAGUGACAGGAGUCCAUCGCUUUCGGAAAAGGGCUCAGCAAGCCCGAGUGCUUGCUUCUCCCUCUCUCCGGCGUCAUCUUCGACAAUCAGCCGUGCAGUUUCUCUGGAAAACAAUUUGUCAAAAGAGCCAGCUGACGUUGCUGGUACCUCAAAGUCAAAUAGAGACCCUGGCGCGUUUAGAGACAUCCAAUCCACAGUGUCUCAGAGCUUGCCAGAAUACUUCGCCCAGCAAGUGGCACAUCCGCCUAGUGGCCAGAGUGCCACUUCGAGCUAUUGGGCCACUCUUCCAUACAAUGGUUACUGA